AUGCCAAAUACGAAUACAUGGUAUCGGUUUGGUUUGAUAUUAAUGAUGGUUAUUACGAGCCAUACAAGCAUGGCUGCGUCACCAACAACUUCCAGUGAGAGGAUUGGUUCAUAUAAAAUUGAAGGACAAAUCUUUUCCCCAUCUGAUGAUAAAGCCCUUGACGAUAUGCGUGUCCUAGUUAACGAAGGUGAAUAUGUCGGUAUCCCUCGAGUCGAUGGAACUUUUGUCAUAUCGAGCGUACCCAGUGGUUCGUAUGUUGUUUCGGUUAGUUCACCAUGGUACGUUUUCGAACCAAUACGUGUUGAUAUAAAUGCUAAUGGAAAAAUUCGUGCGCGUAAAGUUAACUUUCUUGAACCAGGUAAAGUUAUGUUAGUAAAAUAUCCGCUACAUUUCGAUACGUAUAACGAGCCGAAUUAUUUUAAAAAACGUGAAGUGUACCGUUGGAAUGAUAUUGUUUUCAAUCCAAUGUUUGCUCCAAUAAUUUUAGGAAUGAUUUUAUUCUUUUUUCUGCCCAAAUUACUACCACAAGAACAAGAGGCGCAACAGAUAAUUCCAGAAGCAAAUGAUAUUUUUCAACCAAAGUACAAUAUACCCGAUAUCGCUGAUCUCUGUGCACGAUGGUUUGGUGGACCCAGAAGACAAGGACAGGCAAUUCAAGAGUCAAUGGUUCAGGGUAAAAAACCUUUCAAUGACAAGCGUCUACAACGAAAAAACAAAAAACAAACAAACCGAGAGAACUAA